AUGAGUCACCAACGGUAUCCGUCGAUAGAUCCCAAGGAACCUCAUUCUGUCUCCUUGAAGGUCCUCAGACCCGUUCCUCCUCGCACCAAUCUUACAACUACCGCCAUCUUUCGGCUCCGCAUACGUCGGCGAGACAUUCAGCUGCACGCUCUGCGCCAAUCACGAUGUCCCGCUCCCCGGCGAACUCCCCGCGGCAGCAGCACCAAACUUAGCCCGACGAGCCCGCUGCACGCGCCCAAGCGCAAGUUCACGCGCGACGUGCGCAUCGAGGCCGAGAUGAAAACGCCCGGGUCCAGCACCGCGCUGAAACUACCUCUACUAGGUGCCGACGGCGCGGUCGUCGUCGCGGCGGACAGUAAUGCCGACGGCGCCAAGGGCGGUCACAGCCACGGGGGCAAAGGCGUCGAUCUCGAGCCCGGCGACACCCUGCAGCGCAUCGUCAACUUCGACCUCAAGGAGGAGGGCAACCACGUGCUCGCCGUGACCGUCAGCUACUACGAGGCGACCGAGACCUCGGGCCGCACGCGCACCUUCCGCAAGCUGUACCAGUUCAUCUGCAAGGGGUCGCUGAUCGUGCGCACCAAAGUCGGGGCGUUGGUGGCGCCGCCGCCGCUGCCGUCGCAGCUGGAGUUGGAGUCGGAAUACGAGAAAAGGGGAGAGGAUAGGAGGAAAUGGGUCAUGGAGGCGCAGCUGGAGAACUGCAGCGAGGAUGUCAUGCAGCUGUCCCGCGUGGGCUUGGAUCUGGAGCCCGGGCUUCGCUACCGAGAUUGCAAUUGGGAGGUUGCGGGCGGUGGGGGAGGGAAGCCGGUGCUGCAUCCGGGGGAGGUCGAGCAGUGCUGCUUUGUGGUGGAGGAGGUGGAGCCGGGGCCGGAUGGGACGGGGUUGGAGAUUGAUGAGGAUGGGAGGAUAGUGUUUGGGGUGUUGGGGAUAAGUUGGCGGAGCGAGAUGGGGAAUAAGGGGUUCUUGUCUACGGGGAAGUUGGGCACGAGGAUUGUCAAGUGA